GGCUCGCGCUCCCUACGGCCAGCGGGGCGGAGCGCGCGACACGGGGCUCGUUCCCGAAAGGGCAGGUGGGGGCGGGGGGUGGACACCCGGGUUGCGGUGGCCGGAGGGGCCUGGGCCGCGAGGUCGACGCCUGUGGCUGCAGCGGCCCGAGGCCAGAGGACCCGCCGCGCGGCUCGGUCUCCGGAGAGGGAGGGCCCCGCUGUUGUCGCCGCCCGGCCGGUGCCCGGUGAAAUUAGUCCAGAGAAGUGAUGGGAUUUGCCCCUGGUCUCCCACCCAGCAAGCCAGCGCUGACGAUGGGUGUUGGUGGACCGUGAAGGUGGUUCUUACUUGUCUAUGAAGGACAGAGCCCCUGGACUGCCAGGUUCCUUGCAGGGAGGUGGAGGACAAAUCCUACUGAGACCUGAGCGUGGCCUGGGGGCCCGGCCGCCCAUCCCAAAAUGCCCCUGCCCGAGCCCAGCGAGCAGGAGGGCGAGAGUGUGAAGGCAGGCCAGGAGCCCUCCCCUGAGCCCCCUGAGCCAGGCACAGAUGUCGUCCUCGAAUCCCCCGUGAAGCCCAUGGAGUUCUCUGAACUGGUCCUCCUGGCGGCCUCCACUGAGAGCGGCGAUGGAGUGGACACCCAGCCUGAAGAAGUGCACUGCGUCCUCACCCUGGAGAUGGCUGACCCCGAUACCUUGGCCGGCACUCCCCAGAUCCUGCCAGUAGAGGAACAGUGUGCGGUGGUCCAGCCAAGGCCCCAGACCCAGGCACUGAAACCCAGCAAGCCAAACAUUGUCACCCAGCCCCUGGAGUUCCUGAGGACCCCGUUUGGGGGCCGCCUGCUGGUGCUGGAGUCCUUCCUGUACAAGCAGGAGAAGGCCGUGGGGGACAAGGUGUACUGGAAGUGCCGCGAGCACACUGAGCUGGGCUGUCGGGGCCGGGCCAUCACCCGUGGCUCGCGGGCCACGAUCAUGCGGGGCCACUGCCACCCACCCGACGAGGAGGGCCUGGAGGCCCGGCGCCAGAGACAGAAGCGGCCCGGCCCGGCCCUGCCCGAGGGCUUGGCGGGUUCCCAGGGCCCUGGCAGUGGGGUGGAGGAGCCCCUGGAGGGGGCGGGCCCGUGGCUGUGCCCUGUGGAGCCAGAGCCGACCCCAGGCCCGGUGCUGAGCUACCUGGCCCCCGAGGAGGACGAGGGGCUCCGAGCCCUGGCGCUGCUGAGAUUGCCCCCGAAGAAACGCUCGACGCUGGGGAGCAGAGGGCCCCCGCCCCUGGAGUUCCUGCGGACCUGCUAUGGGGGCAGCUUCCUGGUGCACCAGUCCUUCCUGUACAAGCGGGAGAAGGCCGUGGGGGACAAGGUGUAUUGGACGUGCCGCGACCACACGCAGCACGGCUGCCGCAGCCGCGCCAUCACCCAGGGCCGGCGGGUGACGGUGAUGCGGGGCCACUGCCACGCGCCCGACCUGGAAGGCCUGAAGGCCCGGCGGCAGCAGGAGCGGGCCAUGGCGGCAGUUCGGGCCCAGCCGGGCGGACCCGGGGGCCCAGAGGACAAGCCGCUCCAAGGCGUGGAUAGCCUGCUCUACCGCAGAGGGCCCGGGCCCCUGACUCUCACCAGGCCCCGGCCCAGGAAGCGCCCGAUGGCCAACGACGAGGACCUCCCGGCUGAGCCCCAGGGCGAGGAGGACAAGGACGAGGACCCAGGAGGCCCCGAGUUCCUGAGGACCCCUCUGGGCGGCAGCUUCCUGGUGUACGAGUCCUUCCUCUACCGGCGGGAGAAGGCGGCCGGGGAGAAGGUGUACUGGACGUGCCGGGACCAGGCCCGCAUGGGCUGCCGCAGCCGCGCCAUCACCCAGGGCCGGCGGGUGACGGUGAUGCGAGGGCACUGCCACCCGCCCGACCUAGGGGGCCUGGAGGCGCUGCGGCAGCGGGAGAAACGCCCUGGCACAGCCCAGCAAGGAAGCCCAGGAGGCCCCGAGUUCCUGAGGACCCCUCUGGGCGGCAGCUUCCUGGUGUACGAGUCCUUCCUCUACCGGCGGGAGAAGGCGGCCGGGGAGAAGGUGUACUGGACGUGCCGGGACCAGGCCCGCAUGGGCUGCCGCAGCCGCGCCAUCACCCAGGGCCCGCGGGUCAUGGUGAUGCGCAGACACUGCCACCCGCCCGACUUGGGGGGCCUGGAGGCGCUGCGGCAGCGGGACCAGCUCCCCACCCCGGCCCAGAGGGAAGGCUCAGAAGCCCCCCAGCCCCUGGAGUUCCUGAGGACUUCCCUCGGAGGCCGGUUUCUGGUGUACGAGUCCUUCCUCUACAGGAAAGAGAAGGCAGCUGGGGAGAAGGUGUACUGGAUGUGCCGGGACCAGGCCCGUAAGGGCUGCCGCAGCCGCGCCAUCACCCAGGGCCCGCGGGUGACGGUGAUGCGAGGGCACUGCCACCCGCCCGACCUGGCGGGCCUGGAGGCGCUGCGGCAGCGGGAGCAGCUCCCCGGCCCGGCCCAGCAGGAGGACCCAGAAAAGGUAAAACUUCUGCCUGAAGUUCAACUGUGCUUCGAGAGUUGUGCUCCUGAAUGCCAGCAGAGUUUUGGGAAGGUGGAAAGUACACAGCUUGACAGUGAGUCCCAGUGAGGCCAGCCUCCAGCCUGACAGCAGAGGAACCAACCCAACCUAACGUGUCACCAGUGUCAAGGAUGCUCCAGGUCCUCGCAGGACCCUGGCACUUCCCACCCAGUUAGAUUUUGCUCGACAAAGCCUCUCUUACAUUCUCCAAAGCAUCCACGGGCUUCACAUUUCCUCCAGAGGCCUCCCAGGAAGAAUGCUUGAUGGUGUCUCCCUGCUGGCAGAGAAGAGCCCGGGAGCUGGUGGCCUGCAGCAGUGCGUGAUGUGGGGUGAUGUGGCGGGCAGGGGGACCCCUGCGGGGGCCUCGAAAAGCUCAGAGAAGGGCAGCAUCAUUCACAAAGACACCUCCCCCCGCCCCAGCCUGCCGAGCCGCAAACACCCAGCCAUCCUGAGAGCCCACUGCUUUGCCAAGGACUUUCCUGUCAGGUGUCCCACUUGAGCUCCAUAAAGUGGAAAGUCGUCGUGGCAGCCACGUCAAGAUGAAGGCAGGCGAGUUUGGGGAAGUUCCUGCCUCUUUGGGCUGAGCUGCCCCACGUGGUGUUUGCCGGGCAGGUGCCAGGCGGGCCUCUGCGCUCCUUGGGCACCUACUGCCAGGGUGUGGCCAUCCCGUAGCAGAGCAGGCAGAAACCAGGCGACUUUUACACCAUCUGUUGGAGUUUCCUUUGCUUUUCUCCAACUUUAAUCAAGCAUGGUGUCGACGAUGCCCAGGGCAGGUGAUGUGGGGCUGUGGGAGCCCGCGCUGGGCAGACUGUCCCAGGUCGCCCAGGUUUGCUUGAUGCCGGAGGAGAGGCAGACCCAGGUGACGGGGGCGGGGGCAUCCCCUUCUCCUGUCUUCUGGCAGCUGGGAGCAACAGGCUGAUGUCCCCCACCAACCCAAGGCUGCAGCUUGCUAAGGGAGCCGCGUCCCGCCAGCGGCUCCUUGCCCCCAUCCUGUGAUGGCCGGGGGCUCCCCGUCUCCCGCCUAGCUGGCCGUGCAGCCUGCCAUCUGGCUACAGGGCAGUGACAGCUCGGACGCUCCCCGCUGUCCCUCUGCCUCCACACUUCCCGCAAUAAACCUGAUUUUAUACCUCGCCAUGUAAAGCUGCUGUGUGUGUCCACAUGCCCGCUGCAAAAAAACAAUAAACCUGAUUUUAUACCUCGCCAUGUAAAGCUGCUGUGUGUGUCCACGUGCCCGCUGCA